GUACGGACGCGAUAAAAGCUCACCGUUGUCGUCGCCGGCCAGUUACAAGUCGUUGCGCCGCUGUGAAACGUCAGGAGACUUAUUUUCACUCGGAAACCGCCGCACCACAUCCAUUUCCUUCGUGUUUCACACACUCCUGAUUAGAAGUUACAGUUGCGAGAAAACAACCGACGAGAUGGCCAGCCCGCUCAGGGAUCCGGCUGCGGAACAGCUGAACGAUUGGAAGAAGCAACUCAAGGGCGAGGCAUCCGUAUUAUUAACCGCAAAUGGAGCGCCCGUUGCCGAGAAGAAGGCUAGCCUUACGGUUGGCCGUGGACCGAUAUUGCUGCAAGACUUCGUCUAUUUGGAUGAAAUGUCGCACUUUAACAGGGAAAGGAUUCCGGAACGAGUUGUGCAUGCCAAGGGAGCCGGUGCGUUUGGCUAUUUCGAAGUUACCCACGAUAUCUCUAAGUAUUCCAAGGCUAAGGUGUUUUCCAGCAUUGGAAAAAGGACUCCCAUCGCUAUAAGGUGCUCUACGGUCGGUGGCGAAAGCGGUUCUGCGGAUACUGUCAGAGAUCCGCGUGGAUUCGCCGUGAAGUUCUACACCGAGGAAGGUAUCUGGGAUCUCGUCGGCAACAACACGCCGAUCUUUUUCAUCAAGGAUCCCCUUUUCUUCCCGAGUUUCAUACAUACGCAAAAGAGAAAUCCCGCGACCCAUUUGAAGGAUGCUGACAUGUUUUGGGAUUUCAUCUCUCUUAGGCCCGAGACAACGCACCAAGUUAUGUUUCUCUUUGGCGAUCGUGGUAUCCCGGACGGAUAUCGGCAUAUGAACGGCUACGGUUCUCAUACAUUCAAACUGGUGAACAGCAAGAAUGAGAUAGUCUAUUGUAAAUUCCACUACAAGACCAAUCAAGGAAUCAAGAAUCUUCUUGCCGAGAAGGCCGGCGAGCUUAGUGCUUCCGAUCCCGAUUACUCAAUCCGAGAUCUUUAUAACGCUAUUGCUAAAGGCCAGAAUCCAUCUUAUACGUUCUAUAUCCAAGUGAUGACUGUUGAACAGGCAAAGACCCUCAAGUGGAAUCCAUUUGACUUAACGAAGAUAUGGCCGCACAAGGAAUAUCCGUUGAUACCGGUGGGCAAACUGGUGCUCGAUCGUAAUCCCGAAAACUAUUUCGCUGAUGUGGAGCAGCUGGCCUUCGAUCCAGCGCACAUGGUACCCGGUAUCGAGCCGAGUCCCGAUAAAAUGUUGCAGGGGCGAUUGUUUGCUUAUGGCGACACUCAUAGACAUCGCUUGGGCCCGAAUCAUCUUCAGUUACCAGUGAAUUGCCCUUACAAGGCAAUUUCCACGAUGCAUUAUCAGCGAGACGGUCACAUGCCGAUACACAAUCACGGUGGCGCGCCGAAUUAUUUUCCGAACAGUUUCUCUGGUCCGAAGGAGUGUCCGGCCGCUCGUUCGCCGUCCUUCCCUGUGAGCGGAGAUGUGGAUCGUUACGAUCCGCAGGAUGAGGAUGAUUUCGGACAAGCUACUACCUUCUGGAAAAAGGUUCUCGAUGAGCCGGCUAGAGAAAGAUUGGUGCAGAACAUGGUCGGAAGUCUGCGUAACGCUUCGACGUUCAUCGUCGAGCGAGCCGUGCGAAAUUUUGCUCGUGUGGAUGUCGAACUCGCUCAGAGAUUGACAGACGGCUUGCGUAAAAGCGGAAUACACAUUAACGCCCUGGGAAAAUCGGCCAAUCUUUAAAGAGAAUGUAUUAAUCUCUCUUCCUCGUUUUGUAUCAUAGCAAUAUACCUUAUUGCUAAAUAUGAAUGCUACAACACUUGUAUUAAUCGAUAAAGAAUGUCACUGAUAAUGUUUCUGCAAUAUUGUAGACUGCUUUUAAAACUAAUGAUAUUUUAUCUCAAAAUACGUAUUUUUUAAACUAAUAUUAUUUUACGAAAGGGUGUAGGUAUGAAACUAUUAAUGGUGCCUUACAUAUAUGCCGAAUACAUAUUGCUUAUUUGAAAAAGAAG